AUGCAUCCCAUCCCGGCUGGACGCUCAGUUUGCCCCGAAGAGCGACUAUGGCUUGUCCCAGCGCACUGUUUCAACUCUACCAUGACUGCCACUGGCCUAGACAUUAUACUUGUGCAUGGUCUCGGGUCAAACCCUGAUACUACCUGGCACAGGCUAGUCGAAAGCCAAUCCCACGAUGACUCUGGAGACCCCUCCCUGGGGAGAAGAUACGUUAACUGGGUUACCGACUUCUUCUGCGAGGAUCUGCCGGCAGACGUUCAAAAGAACACUCGCGUGUUUUUCUACAACUACGAAGUUGCCAUUCAGGAGCGGCGCACUCGACUCGGGCAGGAGCUGUUUCAAGAAGUUAGCUCCUUAGCAGUAAAGACACCCGAGAGGCACUUUAUUUUAGUUGGGCAUAGUUAUGUUGGGCUAGUAAUAAAGGAACUAUUCCAUUCCCACCGCGCCGUGAAUAUCUUCCAGCAGAUCAAGGCUGCUGUUUUUCUAGGAACCCCUCAUCGAGGCUCUGCUUCUGCAUUGCAAGGUGCCAGGGUAGCUCAUGUCUUUCGCCUAUUUGGCAUAGGAACAUUCCCCGAGAUUGUGGAGGCUGUCCGUUACGAUUCUGUGGAGCUGCAGGAUAUGCACCGGCGAUUUGAAGCUAUAUCCAAUCAUCUAAGGAUUGUCAACUUUUUCGAAAAGCGGGAAACAGCUGGGGCAUCCUGCUGGGGAUUUUGUAGCGAUUUGAUGGUCAAGGAGCAGUCUGCCACCAUGGAUCGCCCCAACGCAGAAAUAAUAGGGCUGAAUACAGAUCAUUGGGGGCUGAAUAAGUUUGGAGAGAGAAACUCCAAUUAUAAGAGAUUACGGAACAAGCUCAUCGAGCUGAUGGAGGCAACCAUCGCUGAUGCGUGGAUGGCACACUCAGUAUAUUCAGUACCUGAGAGUACCGACAAUAUGUACACAGAAAGGACUGAUCUCUCGAAGUCCCUGGAAGCAAAACUGGGUAAGGAAUCGGAGGGGUCAACUAAAAUAAGGCACGCGGUAGCUAUAGAUGGGAUAGGCGGCGCUGGGAAGACACAGCUCGCGCUUCGAUACGCAGAAGCUCAUCGGCGUCAAUAUGAUACCAUCCUCUGGAUUGAUGCGGGGAGCGCUGCAACAAUCAAAGAAAGUUUUUACCGCUGUGCUCGAGAUCUCAGGCUUUCGGUCGAGCCAGAUAGGACGAAACCAGGCCAUCAAGCGUCGCUCAAGGAUGGCCCGGCAGUGCAUAUUGCCCUAGCCUGGCUCCAGAAUCGGAAUCAACUCCACGGUGAAUGGCUGGUAAUUCUGGACAAUGCAGAUGACCACGAUGGAGGAGUACGAGAUGUUAUUCCGUCUGGGGUGCGUGGAAGUGUCAUUAUUACCAGUCGUGACAAGGAAUGCGUUGAGACACUCUACCCCGGAGCCCAGCAGCUACAGGUAGAUAUCAUGACGCCGCCAGAGUCAUCCUCUCUGUUCUUGCGGUACCUGAACCUAAAUAUAACAGAGGUACCACGAGACGUCCAAGAAGAGUCACUACGCGUAUGCGAGAACCUGCAGCACCUUCCCCUCGCAGCCCACCUUGCUGGCGCUCAUACUCGCUCCCAUUGCUUGAAAAAUGUCAACCCAGAAGACGACAGGUAUUCUAGAAUCUACAUUGACCCAAAAGGCUGUCUUGAACGCUAUUUACAAAAUUAUCAGAGGCACAGGGAUCGGCUUCUCAAAGAUGAGAUAUCGAAGCGACUAUUUCCAUACAAGUUCACUAUUUGGGCGGUAUGGGACAGUAGCCUCUAUGCCGUCGAUAAGAUGUCUUCGCUUCCAUCUAGACUUUUACUAACCUUUCUCGCACAUAUGGUUCACACGAACAUUCCCGAAUACUUAUUCUAUUUUGCGGCUGGUGGUCUGGUCGAUGAGCCUGCACUGGCAAGCGAUGUUCCACAGUGGCUUUUAGAUCUUCUAAGCCUCAAUGAGAACAGCCGAUGGGAUUGCUUUACGUACGAUCAGGCACCGCAACAGCUUCGAUUGUUUGGGCUGGUCAGUGACUCUCGUGGCGACCUUCCUGGAAUCACAAUGCAUUCUCUGGUUCAGUGGAGAGCGAAGAUUGACAACCCAAGCGGAGCAAAUCAUUCCUUGACCCUUUACCACACCUCUUUCAUGGCAGUUGUCUCUUUGAAGGUUCUAUCACACUACGAAUAUGUACCGUUUUGGCGGCAAAUUCUUCCCCACCUUCCACCACCUAAAGAAUUACUUUCGUUAGAGAGUUGGGCAAUAGGCUUACAAUGUGGGAUGAUAGGUGCCAUGUAUUGGCGUUGCACACGGUUGAAGGAAGCUGAAGAGUUACUUGUCCUUUCAAUAGACAAACUCAAUGUGGCCCUUGGUUCAGAGCAUUCACAUACCCUGUCUCAGAAGGCUGGGAUGGCAUCAGUAUGGUAUGAAAAUGAAAGGGUAGGGGAAGCAUUUGAGGCUGCUUUUGGUGCAGAGGACUUUCACAUAAUAUCUGCCAAGGCUGUUUUGGAAUUAUGCCUUCGGAAACAAAGCCAGCUGGACAAGGCAGAGAACCUUCUAGUUCAUAUACUAGAGGUCUACAAUAGCACAUUGGGUCCAGAACAUUCGCAUACCCUAAACACUAGGGCUAAUCUGGCGAAGAUACUUUUAGAUCGAGGCCAUUGGCUAAAGGCCAAGGGUCUGCUAAUGUCUGGACAUGAAUGGGAAAAGAAGUUGGUUGAAGCAUACCAUCCACUAGCUACUCUGAGUCUGGAAUACUAUGCAAUGGUUUUCUCACAACAUGGUCGACUGGCAGAUGCUGACGAAGCUCUAACAUAUUUGUUGGAGACUAAAAGGAGGACAUUUGGUCCCGAAGAUCCACGGACACUCGAGACCAUGGUUGCUCUAGGGCUAUCCCUUUUCGAGGAAGGUCGUUAUGCAGAGGCCGAAGUGAUGACUGCAGACAUACUGGACAUACCAAGAAAGCUUCUUGGAGGAGAGCAUCCAUCCAGAGACUUUAAUCAGCAUGAAUAA